AUGAAACUCUUAGCUUGGAACUGUAGAGGGCUUGGGAACCCUCGUACAGUUCGAGAGCUUCACCUUUUGGUGAAAGAAAAGGUCCCACAGGUUGUGUUCAUUUCUGAGACUAAAUGUAACCGAGAGAGAGUAGAGAAGAUUAGGAACAUAUUGGGGUUAACUCACAGUUUUGUAGUUGAAAGUAGGGGGAAGAGUGGGGGCCUGGCUAUGUUAUGGAGUGAAAAUACUAAUGCCUCUUUGUUCUCAUAUUCAAGGCACCAUAUUUCCUUAGAGCUAUCCUCUGAGGAUGGAGCCAGUAAAUGUCAUGUAACAUGUUUCUAUGGGGAUUCUGUAGUGGAGAAAAGGAGAGCUUGUUGGGAUUUAUUGAGAGUGUUGAGACCAGAAAGUAAUUGUCCUUGGCUGUGCAUGGGUGACUUUAAUGAGCUGCUGUCAAAUGAGGAAAAGUAUGGGGCAGCUGAUAGACCUUUUCUCCAAAUGGAAAGGUUCCGAGAGGCUUUGGAUGAAUGUGAGCUUAGUGACUUGGGCUUUAUUGGCUCAAGGUUCACGUGGAGUAAUAAAAGGGAGGGGAGGGCUUUUAUCAAGGAAAGACUAGAUAGGGCUUUUGGGAAUUUAAGUUGGUGUAAUAUGUUUGAUACCUCCUCUGUCUAUGUGUUACCUGUCAUAGCCUCUGAUCAUGCACCACUUUUAGUUCAUUGUUUUAAUUCUCAGGAGGAACAGCAAGUUCACAAAAGAGUCAGUAGAUAUGAAGCUCUCUGGUCAAAGAAACAGGAUUGUAAGGAUAUUAUUAAGAGGACCUGGGUCUCAUUAAGGGGCAGAAACAGUAGUUUGAAGAAUGUACAACAUGCACUUGUAAGUUCUAUGGUUCAGUUGCAAACAUGGGCAAAAAGAAAUAGAGGUAAUCAAAGGAUUAGAGUCAAAGAGAAGACAGAUUUGAUCCAACAACUGCAACAACAGAAUACAGGUGAGCUCAAUGGCCAGAUUAAAGCCCUUCAAGAGGAAGUGGAAGCCAUUAUGGAAGAUGAGGAAUUGAAGUGGAGACAGAGAGCUAAACAACAGUGGGGGAAUUUGGCUACUACUCAAGUUGAAGUUGGUAAAACUUUCCAGUUAUAUUAUGAAAAUUUGUUUUCCUCUUCUAAUCCUACUGGAUGUGAGGAAGCCUUGCAGAUUGUUGGUGAGGAAGUGUCAGCUGCAGUGCAGGAAAUUCUGGAAAAUAGGAGAGGGAUAGCUGAGCUUAAUGAGACUUAUAUUGCUUUGAUCCCUAAGAAGAAACAUCCAACUCUAGUCUCGGAAUACAGACCUAUAAGUUUAUGUAAUGUCAUAUACAAGGUGGUUUCAAAGGUCCUUGCCAAUAAAUUGAAGCUUUUUCUACCUUCCAUUAUUUCCCCUUCUCAAAGUGCUUUUGUUCCUGGGAGAUUGAUUUCUAAUAACAUUAUUGUAGCUUAUGAAACAAUGCAUUCAAUGAAACAUAGAAUGAGAGGUAAGAUGGAAAGUUAUAUGGCUAUGAAGUUGGACAUGAGUAAGGCAUAUGACAGAAUUGAAUGGUCUUUCUUGGAAGCUGUCUUGAUCAAGAUGGGUUUUAGCAAGGAGUGGACUGAUUUGGUUAUGACAUGCGUGAGCACAGUUAAUUAUUCCAUUUUGAUUAAUGGCAGUCCACAACACAAGUUUUGUCCAAAGAGAGGUUUGAGACAAGGGGACCCAUUGUCCCCUUAUCUUUUCAUCUUAUGCUCGGAGGUACUUGGUCUUUUGUUGGAUCAGGCUGAACAAAAGGGCCACAUAUCAGGUUUCCCUUUUGCUAGAGGGAGUUUAUUGGUUAACCAUCUCUUUUUUGCAGAUGAUAGUCUGCUUUUCUGCAAGGCCAAUGCUUUGGAGUGGAGUAGGCUCUUUGGCAUCCUUAAAGUGUAUGAAAAUGCUUCUGGUCAGAGGCUUAAUAUGGAAAAAACAGCAGUUUAUUUUAGCUGUAAUACAAGAGUUGAGGCUAAGGAGGUUAUUCUAGCAGCAGCAGGCCUGGAGGAAGGCAAAUCAUAUGAGAAGUACUUGGGGUUGCCAGCUUAUGUGGGGAAACAGAAGUUAAAUGCCUUCAAACCUGUCUUGGACAGCAUAAGGGCACGGAUGCAAAGUUGGUCUGUAAAGUUCUUAUCUCACGCAGAAAAGGAGGUGCUGCUUAAGUCUGUUAUACAGGCUAUUCCUACUUAUUGCAUGAAAUUUUUGGUGGGGUUUGAAAGGAGACAGAUCAAAGCUAAGCAAGGUUGGAGACUUCUCAAACAACCUAAGUCAUUAGCAGCAAAAAUUCUCAAAGCAAAGUACUUCUAUAAAUCAGAUUUCAUGCAGGCUAAACUGGGAAGUAAUCCUUCUUUUCUAUGGAGGAGUUUUACUGCAGGAAGGGAGGUCUUAAGGGAAGGGAUGUUUUGGUGUAUUGGAAAUGGUCAUUCAGUUAGGAUAUGGAAGGACAAAUGGAUUCCCAAGCCAACCUCUUUUAGAGUUCAAUCUCAUGCAAGGGUGUUGGAUGAGAAUUCGAAGGUGUGUAGUCUGAUAGAUCAGCAGAGUGGUGAGUGGAAAGAAGGAUUGAUUCGUGAAAUUUUCAGUCCUGAGGAGUCUGAGAUGAUCUGCAGAAUUCCAAUCAGUAUUACAAAAGUUGAUGAUAAAUUGACAUGGAGGUGUACUAAGGAUGGUUCUUUCUCAGUAAAGAGUGCCUAUCACUUGUUGGGUGCAAUGGUGACUUACAAUCAAGGGCAGUCUUCUUCUGCAGUUCCUCAAAAAAAGAGUUGGUCUUUGAUUUGGAGGUUAGGCGUUCCUAAUGCAAUCAAGAUGUUGAUCUGGAGGGCCUGUCAUGAUUCAUUGCCUACAAAGCUCAAUUUAUAUAAGAAAAGGAUAGUGGAUUCGCCUUUAUGUCCAAUAUGUCAAUUGGAGGAGGAAUUAGUCAUGCAUGCACUUUGGUCAUGUGUUUCUGCCCAAGAUGUCUGGAGCAUGUGCUCCAGGAAGUUGCAAAAAGGUGUGGUGAGUGAUAAUGUUUUUAAGGAGCAUUGGAGCCAUAUGAUUUAUGUUCUGGAUAGCAAGGAGCAAGAUGAAUUUGCAGCCACAGUACACCAAAUAUGGAAGAGAAGGAACAGCUCUAUUUUUGAAAACAUAUUCUGGGAGCCAGGGAAGGUAGUAGAGGCUGCAACUCGGGUUGUCUCUGAGUAUAGUGAGGCUUGUAAAAAAGCUGUUCCAACUCAGGAUCGAACAACUCUCAGUGUUCCUAGCUGGAGUGUACCUCCAGUGAAUGUUUUUAAAGCCAACUGGGAUGCUGCUGUUGAUACAGUUUAG